UCACAUGUUUUUUGUUUUGUUUUGUUUUGACAUUGAGUGUGGAAUUGCUACAGAGGAACUGGAUGUUCUCCCUGCGGAGCAGGCUGGAAACCCUAGCACAGCGCUGCAUUUGGUUCACUAACUCAUGAGAGUGAAGUAGGACUCGGGGAAUUUCCCCAGACCCCAUCAAAACCUGUAGAGGCAGGUAAACGCAGUUGAAUCAUCUCUGCCCUGUGUUUCUAUUGCCAGAUGUGGGAAAACAGUCUGCUGCUAACUCAGUCUGGAGAAGGCCUGCGUCCCUGCCCCUUGAGUGUGUGGUUUCCUGGUAACCAGCAACAUGCUCAUGUGGCUCUGUCUUCUGUCUCCUGUCCUUACCAGGGAACAGGCUUUGUGGCUGAGAUACAUUGAGGAUUUAAGAUGUCCAGCACUGACCCUGGGUCAUGAUUCGCUGUGAACCCUGGCAGCCCUUGCAUUCUGCUCAAGAAAUCUCAGGUCCUUUAUCAGCUCCUCGGUCAGUGGCCUUGGUGGCACUCUACCCCUGUGGUCAGCCCAGAGCCUCUCCUGCCCAUGCAGUACCCGGCAGCCAGUGUUGAGGGCCUUAGUGGCCCACUGUCCGGGGCCUACAGCCUCCCCACCUUCAAGUUCCAGCCUCGCCGGGAAAGCAUAGAUUGGAGACGCAUCAGCGCUGUGGACGUGGACCGUGUGGCUCGGGAGCUGGACGUGGCCACCCUGCAGGAGAACAUUGCUGGUGUCACUUUCUGUAACCUGGACCGAGAGGUGUGCAACCACUGUAGGCAGCCCGUGGACCCCGUGCUGCUCAAGGUGCUGCGCCUGGCACAGCUCAUCAUUGAAUACCUGCUGCACUGCCAGGACUGCCUGAGUGCCAGCGUGGCGCAGCUGGAAACACGGCUGCAGGCCAGCCUGGGCCAGCAGCAGCGUGGCCAGCAGGAGCUGGGUCGCCAGGCCGAUGAGCUCAAGGGUGUUCGAGAGGAGAGCCGGCGUCGUCGGAAGAUGAUCAGCACCCUGCAGCAGCUGCUUCUGCAGACGGGUGCCCACAGCUACCACACGUGUCAUUUAUGUGACAAGACGUUCAUGAAUGCCACCUUUCUCCGGGGCCACAUCCAGCGCAGACAUGCAGGCGUGGCAGAAGUCGGAAAGCAGAAGCAGGAGCAGCCGCUGGGGGUGGUGCUGGAAGAGCUUCGGGCCAAGCUCAAGUGGACCCAAGGGGAGCUGGAAGCCCAGAGGGAGGCCGAGCGGCAGCGGCAGGUCCAGGAAUUAGAGAUGAUUCGUCAGAGAGAAAUGGAAGCUAAGAAAAAGUUUGAUGAAUGGAAGGAAAAAGAACGGAGCAAGCUUUAUGGGGAAAUAGACAAAUUGAAACAAUUAUUUUGGGAUGAAUUUAAAACGGUUGCCAACCAGAACUCUACAUUGGAAGAGAAGCUGAAGGUGCUACAGUACCACAGUAUGACUGAGUCCCACCUUGGGUCUCUGCGGGAUGAGGAGUCAGAGGAGCGACUCAAGCAGGCCCAGGAGCUCCAGGCCCUCCGAGAGAAGAUGGAGGCACAGAAAACAGAGUGGAAGAGAAAAAUGAAGGCACUGAACGAAGAGCGGGCAGCUGAGAGGAGAGAGCUGCAGGCGGAGAAUGACAGGCUCCAUGCCACCCUGUCCGAGGAUCAGAAGAAGGCAGCUGCGCAGUCUCAACGUCAUAUCAACGCCCUCCGGGCCCAGCUUCAAGAACAAGCCAGGCUUAUCGCGUCCCAGGAGGAGACGAUCCAGACUUUGUCCCUCAGGAAGGUGGAGGAAGUCCAAGAGAUGCCAAAGGCUGUGGACACAGAAGAGGAAUCUUCUUCUGAAGAAGAGCCGGAGGGCUCCCGUGAUGAGCAGAGGAAGGUAUUAGCAGCUCUGAGGAACAACCCGACUUGGCUGAAGCAGUUCCGGCCCAUCCUGGAGGACACGCUGGAAGAGAAGCUGGAAGGCCUGGGGAUAAAGAGGGACACAAAGGGAAUUUCAGCUCAGACUCUGCGACACCUGGACUCCCUUCUGAGAACCCAGCGAGAGCAGACAGCCCGAAGCUUCCGUGAAUUUCUGCGUCUGAGGGAAAAACUCCAUAAGGAGGUGACCAGCAAGGUGAAGAAGAGAUGGGAGAGCACAGCUGUGGUGUCCCAGCCAGAUGGCCAACCUGCAGUCAAAAGAAUCACACUGGCUACAAGGGAGGCCCGGCCAAAGACCAGGAUCCUGAAUAUGCCACUGCCAUCCAAGCCAGCAGAACCUUCUACGGCAACUCCUCAGAGCCACAGCAGCCAUGGCCCUGGCCUCACCCAGGUGUCCACCCCUAUUCCACGCCCCCGAGUGCAUGGACCCUCCAGUACCCCUGUUUCCCCUGGGCCCGGGCUGAGCAGCACCCCGCCUUUCAGCUCUGAAGAGGAGCCAGAGGGAGACAUUGUGCAGCAUGUGUCUCUUCAGCCCCCCAAAGUUCCUUCUAGGUCAGCACCCCAGCCGAAGGACAGCUGGAGCUGGUCUGAUUCUGAGACCUCAGAGGAGAGUGGCCAGCCCUCUGGCAAGGGCUCGGGUGGGCUGGCUUCCUCAGCAACACUGGUGCAGUCGAUGGUCAAAAACCUCGAGAAGCAGCUUGAAACUCCAGCAAAGAAGCCCUCCGGAGGGGUCAGUGUGUUCUUAAGGCCCAACGCGGCCCUCCAGAGGACUUCCACACCAGCAAGGAAGCCUCAGGUUUCAGAGGAUGAGAGUGACUUGGAAAUCUCCUCUUUGGAAGAUCUCUCCCAGGUCCUGGACCAGAGAGGAAAGCCAAAGCCUUUGUCUCGCUCAAAGCUCCCAGAAAAGUUUGAUGCCAGCCCUUGGAGCUCUGAAUCACGACCCAGGAUUCCCGGCUGGUGAUUCUGCCUGUGUUUGCCAGAGGGCUUAGCCUCGUUGUGUCGCUGGGCUCACCCAAACGGAAGAGGCUGGUGGUCCUCUUGCUCUCACUGGCAGCCAAGAAGUCUUUGCCCUUGAAGAGAAGCAGAGCUGGAGACAGGCAGGACCUCUACCCAUCCCCUGUAAGGACUGCUGUGCCAGAUGGCCAGGGUCCGGGCCGCUACCCCAAAAGGCUGGGUACUAAUGCGGUGUCUUGUGUAAGUGU